AUGACCAAUGACCAAUCCAAGUUCGCUGAAUUAGAUGUAGUCGGUAUACCUCUGGGGCUUUUGCCGACAUUGCUCCUGGUGCCUUUUGCUGGUGCAUCAGAGGGAACACCGGGGGCAAAUCUGGCCGACUUGGCCUUCCUCGGCGCACGAUCUCUGGUAGUGGGCACAUUCUUUGGCUGCCUCUCUUGCACCACAGGAGAUGCAUCUCUGGCAGCCCUUGUCCGCAUCAAUGCUGGUGGCUGUAUCAUCGGCGAUGCACCAAGGUAUUCCAGACCUCAGCGAGUUUCGAUACCCCGGCGAGUUGACCUUGGGCCGAAGGAGCGGGUAACACGGCUGGCUUCAGUUGACUGA